GUCCCUGCCCCGCUCACGCACUCAAGGGCCAGCUACAAAAAAUAUAAUAUCACGAGCUCUCUGUUUUCGCUCAAACCAGAGAGCCACCGGGCUCUGCCUAUAUAAACGAUCAGAAAUUCAUCAGAACCCACACUCCUAGACGAUCACACGCACCAAGAAAACAAAAUAAGGGUUAAGAACAGCAGAGAGAAGAUUUGAUGGGGUUCAGUGAGGCACAGGAGGAGCUGGUCCUUCGCUCAUGGAAAGCCAUGAAGCCGGACUCUGAAUCCAUCGCUCUCAAGUUCUUCCUCAGGAUUUUUGAGAUCGCACCGGCGGCGAAGCCCAUGUUCCCGUUCCUGCGCGAGGCCGGCGGCGACGACGUCCCGCUGGAGACCCACCCCAAGCUCAAGGCCCACGCCGUGACCGUCUUUGUCAUGGCUUGCGAGUCGGCGACGCAGCUGAGGAAGACCGGCGACGUGAAGGUGCGGGAGGCCUCGCUGCGGCGGCUCGGCGCCACCCACGUCAAGGCCGGCGUCGCCGACGCGCACUUCGAGGUGGUGAAGACGGCGCUGCUGGAGACGAUCGAGGGGGCGGUCCCGGGGAUGUGGACGCCGGAGAUGAAGGGCGCGUGGGAGGAGGCCUACGACCAGCUCGCCGCCGCCAUCAAGGACGAGAUGAAGCUCGCUGCCAAGGCUUGAUGGAUGAAGAAGGAUGAACUCUUAAUGUGCUGUGCGUAUUGUAAAGCGCCCGCAGAAUGUAUUGCUGGCCUGCAGUGCUGGGAGCUGAGCUUUCGAUUUGCUGUUACUCGAGUGAAUUAAUUUCGUUGAUUACGUGAGAAAUAAAACUGAGCAUGCUGGGGCACAUG